AUGGCGGAGUGCUUACCCGAGGGUCCUGACUUAAAGGACAUGAACGAGGAGGAGUUGUGGGACCUGAUUAACGAUAACCGUCACGCCAUCUCGAUCGGCGUGCGGCCAUGCCUGCUCAUCCCGUACCUGAGGCAGGCGCGCGUCCUCACAGACCUGGACGAGGAUGAAAUCCUCACCUGCCUAAAACUCAGCAACAGGAGCAUGAGGACCAGUCAUAUGUUGGAUAUCCUGCGGACUCAGGGUCGUAAUGGUGCAGUGGCCUUGUUGGAAAGUCUAAUGAUCCAUUACCCUUCACUGUAUACACAAAUCACAGGUCGCAAACCCAGCACAGAGCCCUCAGGCUUCAGCGGUCUGAUUAAGUACUCUGAGCUCACAGAGUACUUGGUGAGGGCAGUCACGGGCAUGCAGAAAGAGCUGCAGGAGGCGAGACAAGAGGCAGCCCAGCUGCGCACGCGCUGCUGUGGGAUGGAGGUGGAGGUGGCGCAGGCCCUGCAGCAGGGGGAAGAGCAGGGUCGGCUGCAGGCGGAGCACGCGCACAUGCGCAAUCACCUGGCGGGCCUGCACCGCGACCUGCUCAAGCUCAAGGACGAGAAGUGUGACCUGUACGUGCGUUACGCCAGCGCGGUGGAGGAGAGGUCCGCAGUCGACAUCCGCUGCCGUGACCUCCAGCUGCAGGUGUAUCAGCUUCAGUGUGAGUUGCAAAAGGCCCAGACAGAGACAGACUUUCAGAGACGGCGUUCAAUCAAGCACAUGUCCUCCAGCGAGACGCAGCAGCUUAAAGAGGAGCUAGCAGCCGUACGAAGGCAGCUUCUUGAGGCUGAGAAGUUUACUCCGGCCAAGCAGGAUAUCUUGGCUCAGGAUUUGGAGGAAGAACGGGACGGACGCUAUCAUUUAGCUGAGCAACUGAGGCGUCUCACCGAGGAGAAUGAGCAGCUGACCAGAGAGAGAGAUAAGCUGUUGGAAGAGAAGGAGUGCCUGGCCCUGCAGGUACAGAAGUUGUCUCUGGAUUGUAAGAUGUACCAGCAGAAAAGCACAGUCUUCCAGAACCAGCUGGGAGAGCUGCAGGCUGAGAGGGACAGGGCAUACCUCUCUCGGGAUGAUGCCCAGGCCCAAAUAGCACGCAGCCUGGCUGAAAAGGACACUUUGAGGGGCCAGUUGGUGGAGCUGCAAGAAAAGGUGUUCUCCCUGAGUGCCUUGAACAACCAACAGAGAGAAAGGCCUCAAAAAUGCAAAGAGUGGAACUUCAGCUGGGAGAGCAGUAAAGAGUCAUGCAGUUACUGCCCCCCCACAAGCUCCACUCCACGUACCAGACUCCGUCGCAUGGAUGCUGUACACCCAGACUUCGUCAGGAGCUAUGAAUCUGAGGUGUGUUUCAGCGAGGAAGGACUAAGCAGUGUUCGUUCUAGUCUUGUGGAACCGCCCGGCUCUGAGUCGUUUCGCAGGAGAGACAUAGACCUGCACUUUAACAAUGACAGGCAAGACACGACGGGUGACUCAUCGCUUUCCGUUUUGGAUUUGGAAAGUGACUUUGUUUUCAUUCCUAAAGAUGAGGUUGAAGAAGUAUCCUCAGCAUCUCUGCUCUCUUCCACCCCUACCCAAAAGAGUUGUUCCUCUGACAGUGUCUGCAGAGCAUCAGCUCCUCCUUUCCUGGUGCGGCGAAGACCCCAGGCCGUACGCAUCACCGGGCGCGUCUUGACUCUCUCCCUCCAGGGGGAGGUGCUACUCUCCCAAAUUCAGAUUGUCGGGGGCAACAAAACAGGCGUCUUUGUGCACCAGGUCACCGAGGGGUCGUCCGCGCAUGCCGCGGGCAUCAGCCGUGGAGCGCAGAUUCUGGAGGUGAAAUAUGAGCAGGAGCGCCGCGCACUGCGAAUGGUUCUUGAAGACUCCACCCUGGAGGAGGCUCUGUGGGCCCUGGGCCAGGUACGGGGGCCCUGCCAUCUGUCACUGAGGCCCAACCAGGAUGCCUAUGAGAAUCUACUGCAACAGCUGAAGAAUGGUGAAAUCACAUCGGGUGACUCUUUCUAUGUGCGGGUUAACAUGUCUUUGCAAGGCAGCACGAUGGACGCCCUCCAUGUGACCUGCAAUGACAUUCUGCAUGUGACAAACACGCGCUAUGGAAACGACGGCUCCUGGUGGGCCAGUCACGUCCACUCCUGUCAGCUGGUCGACCUGAAGAGCGGCACCCUGCCAAACUACUACAGAGCACAGAGGCUGCUGAUCAGGGCAAUUGAAGACAUGACCUUCGAACACAGAUCGUGCAAAAAGAUGGAGCGUGUGCAGGAUCAGGGCAAACAGAAAGCCGUGAGGAUCGUCAGUACACGACGGCAGGGCAGAAACCCACUGUGGAUCAGCGUGGAAGAGGACAGCACUGAGCAGGCCAAAGAAUCUAGCGAUGGCAGCGCUCCCAGAAGUUGUGUCACCCUCAUGCCGUACACUCUGGUCACUCCUCACUACCCACCAGUCUGCCGCCCUGUCCUCCUCCUUCCCACUGUCCUCGGCCGCAUCCUGAACAGAAAACUGGGAGAGCAGGAGGGCUACCAUCUUUGUGAACCAGAUCUCCUAAGCCCCAGCGAACGUGCGGUACGUGUGCAGAAAGGGGAGGUUUUGGAGGACUCUGAUCCAAACACACACCGUUGUUACACCCUCCAGGGAGUGGAGAAAAUCAUGAAACGGGGAACUCAUUGUGUGCUGCCUCUGGGACUGGACUGCGUGCGACGCCUUCACAAAGCUGAGAUCUUUCCCAUCAUCGUCUUCAUCGCCUCCACAGAACGCAGCGUCCGCAGACUCAAGAACAAGCUCCGUCAGAACUACCUGUCUGAGGCGCAGCUACUGGAAUGUUACCGUAACGAGGAACCUCUGUUGGACAAACUGCCCUGUCUGUACCGCACGGUGCAGCCAGACAGCUGGAGCGACAGUGCCUCCCUGGUGGACACAAUCCUCACCGUUGUCAGAGAGGAACAGAGGAAGAUAGUGUGGCUGGAACCCGAGCUGUGGUAA